AUGAGCACAGUUGGCAUAGAAGAAAAUGAUCGGAGAUUUGUCGACUCAUUGGUCAAGCGUAUUGAGUCACUACUUCCAUUCAGAACAGGCCAUACUGUACAAGAGGUGGAGAUUGAUGCUCAGUUUAUAACAACAAGAAAUUUACUAUUGGAUUUACAUUGCAAAAAUGGACACAUGAUAUCAUUGAUUAUAACAUCAUUCACAUCACUACUACUGACAAUCAACACAGAAGCACAAAAUGCCAGACUCAAGUAUCGAGAUGAAAAAUCACGGUCAUCAACAUUGUUAGUAUGCAAGACUUUGGCUGAGAUAUUGAAAGCAAAUUGGGACAGAGAAACUACUUUUUUGGAAGACAAUGAUAUAUUGAGCAACUACUCGAGAUUCUACUACUAUGAACAACCACAACCUCUAAAUUCAGCCAUAAUUUCUGAUGUCCUAAGCUUUUACAUUAAUUUGAUGUCUACGGGAGUGGUUAGAAGAGUACUUGCAAUGGUGAGGAAUGAAAAAUCAAUGACUAAUAUAGCUAUUGCCAAAGAAGAGCAGGAUAUUGCUAGGGAAGAUCAACCAAUGACUGAGCUGGAAAAAGUAUUGAAUGCAAUUGCAGAUAUUGACUCUUAUAUCGAAGUUGUUCUUCGAUUCAUAUCUACCGCUAAUCCAGAUGAUUAUUACAAAUACAUCCAGACAAAGCUAUAUGCAUACUCAGAUACCAGUCAAACCAUACCACUCCCUACUAUUCAAAAGUAUUGUCCACUAAUGAAGUAUGCAUUUUAUUCAGAAAUGAAUGCAGUGAUUUUUGCCGAGGAGUCGUUAAAGACAAUUCCCGUGAUCAAGUCAAAUACUUGGAGACAAGUUUAUUUGUUCUUUUUGGCAACUAGUAUCAAAGAUCAAUCGCUUUCCAGAGUGGGUGAUUAUAACGCCUUGGUUGAUCCAAACAAUCUACGUCAUGCCACUGCGUUGAAGCAGCUAUUUGAUUCGGCAAUGUCAGUGUUUGAAGACAAUUAUACACUAGUCUCGUGUGCUCCAUACAUAUUGACGUGUUUCCUUAGUUUAUGUGUGAGUGAUUUUGCUGAAAUGAAUUCACUCAAACCAUUGAAUAAAUUGAAGUUGGCAUUUAAUAAAAGACUCAGAUUCCUAACGACAAUCUUGAAAGAUGCUGCCAAUUGCAACAAUUUGGAAAGUCUUGAAGCAUUGAUAAAUAUUUUCCACUUGGGAGCAAGGUUUGAAACGAGUAACUUUAAGAAACAUCCAGUCUUGAUGUUUAGUUUACGGCAUUUGGACGAGGUAUUUCACCAAUUGGUCAGAUACGAGGAAAUACACAAGGAUCAAUUAGUAACCGAUGACGAAUUGGCAACCAAACGUGAUUACUUGUUGGUAAAUUAUUACAUUGCUGCAGUUGUUCUCCGCCCGGAAAAGUACACCAAGAUAAUCAUUGAACGCUACAAGCGAUCAGAAGGAGAUAUGAGGAUAAAUAAAUUAUUCGUCAAGGUGAUGAAGGGAUUGGCUGAGAUUGAAAUCGCCAAGGAUAUUUUCUACUCCUUUAUGUUGCAAUUCAAGGGCACCUUGAAAUCAAUCAUGUAUGGCUCACUAAAGAUUCUACGUGGAUAUGGAGACCGAAACAACGAGCCACCCUCCGAAACUUCGUAUUACUCUGAUGCUUCAAGUAUCGAUGAUAAUGAAAUGCGGGCAAAUCAAGCAAGAGACCACGCUUUCCAUCAAAACAAAUCAAGUAUUGAUCAUUAUGCUGAAACAUUAUUUUUUGACAAGACACAACCAUCAAAGGACGAAACUAGAAUCAAGUCGCCAGCGGCAAUCUCCCUAGCGUCAUCAAACACCUACAGCUUCAGAAUUGUAAAUGGCGCCGAAGAAAUUGUGUCUGAUAUUUUUUCAAUAUUUGCUGCUGCACCAGAGCUCUACUUUAAUGACAUGAAGUUGAUGGAUGAUGCAAAUUUGCAAAUAAUGCCCUAUGGUGAGUUACUUCGACAAGUGGUGGAGUUUUGUCACGAUGUAACCGUUCCCAUAAGAUUGGCCUUCAAGGCAAACUGGAUAGUGGAGGGAAAUUCUCGACUAUUUGACUCGGCACGAAAAUUGUCCAUGCAAAUGGUGACACGAGGAAACAAGAUUGAAACUGAAUACACAACACUUUCAGCAUUUGCUAAUUUCAAUAUUUGCAAUUGCAUUGUUCAAUCAAUUUGUGAAACUUGUUUGGGAUUGGCAUUAUCGAAACCCAAGUUCAAGUCGAGUUUUUUGUUUUUAAUCAAUUUUUUGCAUAAACGCGAUAGUUUUAGUAAAGUCUUGAGAACAAAUGCAAUUAUUCAAGAUCCUAAAUCGCGUGAAUUGUAUCAAACGUGUGGAAGGGUGAUUAAUUCCGUGGAGAAAGUGUUGCUUUUGUCCUUGUGUACUCAUGACGUACAGUUUUACAACUAUACAAAAGAAGGUAUCAGGUGGUAUAUCAAUGAAAUCAACAAAAACAAACUGUUGUACCAGCAUGAUGACAUUGAUGAUAAUCAACUUGAACUUUUCCAAAGACUUCGCAACGAUGAAGGGGUCUUCACCGGAUUUGUGUCGUUACAAAAGCGACACCGCAAGAUUCUUCGUGAAGCUAAACCAACUAAAUCCUUAUACCACGUUUGGCUAAUUAUUCUUGGCCGAUGGAACAAGAUAUUAAAGCGCAAUGACCAGAUUAAUGAAAACAAUUUGAUUUUCCGUCACUUCACUGGGUUCUUGGUGUCAACAUCUGGGUGUUUUAUGUCUGCUGACACUGAUACUACCGCGGUGGAGAUUCGUCAAAGAAGCAGUGUUCACAUUUCCGAUUUUUUCGACAAGUGUAUUGACCUCUUGAAUUCACCGGACUUGGUUGUGCGAGUAAUCAUCAAGGAUACUUUGUCAAAUGAGUCGCAUUCCGAUAUAUAUCAUCUCAUUACGACAAAGCUAAUGGCUCGUGCAAAUACUUAUGCCGACGAAAAAUUGCUUACUGAAGAAAGCAUAAUAUUUGUGGAGGAGGCAAUGAUUAUUAUGAGUGCAAUGAUUAAUGUUCGCAACGAUGGAGCUUUGUUACUUUCUUCCUUGUUGCCCCACAUUUGCCAGUUUUUCAUAACAUUUAUCAAUAAUGUUGCUGAUAUCACUGACAAGUUUAGGCUGAAGUUGAGGUUUUGUAAAUUGGUGCAAGCGCUCGAACUGGAUAAAUCAAACACGGGACUACAUGGUGCCUACAAACUUCGUAAUUUCUACAGCAAGUCAAUGUUGGAAUGGUUGGAACAGAUUGUCAUAUUGGAUACAGAUUCAAGUAACAAGAACCUUUCAGAGAGCAAGGUUUCGGAAUUGAGUUAUCUAAGAAUGGAUCUUGCCGUUCAGUGUUCAAAGAGCUUGAGCUUGCAACUUGAGAAUUUGUUACUUGAAAUACCAGAUGGCGUAAAGGAUAAUGAAGUGAAAAAAUACAAGGAUAUUGCAUUUGGAAAUUACUUUUCAGUAUUUUACAAGAUUAUUCAAAAGUACACCAAGACUCCAUCAUCGGAUCGAUUCAAGCUCAAGUUGCAACAAGUUACCGACCAUGUUUUGACUUCAAUCACCAACUUGCUACAAUACGAUUCGGAAAUUGGAAUUCAGUACUUGCUCCCCAUGGGUUAUCACGAGGAUAAAAAGAUUAGAGCCAUAUUCUUGAAUGUCUUUGCUAAUAUGUUGACUUCCAAAACCGUUAAGAAAGUGGAGGAGGAGUUCCCAUACGAAUUGAUUGAAGAAUUGGUUCAUGAAACGGAAAUUUUUGGGUCCAUUGCUGAAUGCGCAUCCAGCUCUGAGCAUAAUUUACUUGCAUCAUCAUUGUUUGGUAUAUUUUCCUACACCAACAACUUGGAUAAAUUGUUUACUGUCUUGUUGACGGAUGAGAUUGCAAACUUGACUCGAUCAACCGACUUGUUUCGAAGAAAUUCCACCUUGACCAGAUUACUUUUCAACUUUACCCAAGAUUAUGGAUUGGAGUAUUUAAAGAGUGAAUUACUAGCCAUUGUUGAAGAGAUUGUCAAUGAAGAUAUCUAUUUUGAAGUUGAGAAACGAGAGUCAAGUGAAGGCACUGCGUUAUUCAUUACCUAUUUAGGAAGAAUUGUUGAUCUGAUUGUCAAUUCGUUUGAUUUGCUUCCAAACUCAUUCAAAUUUGUCUGCUCACGAAUCUAUCAAUCAGUAUCGAGCAAGUUUGAAGACUCUGCUUUGAUUGCAGUAGGUUCAUUUAUAUUUCUAAGAUUCAUAUGUCCAGCAAUUGUCAGUCCGCAACAAUACUUCAAGAUCCCCGUUGAAAGUUCCAAAACAAAACGAUCCUUGAUGCAAUUGGUUAAAAUAUUGCAGAAUAUGGCCAAUGGAACACUAAGCACGAUCAAAUGGCCAGGUUUAGUCGACGACGGUGAAGUAUUGAAUGGUUUCAAUACGCGAAUCAAGACUUUUUUAAAAGCCAUUUCCACGGUUGACCUCACCGAGUACCCUUUUCAAAAAGGUUCAUGUGAAAAACCACUUGCUGAAUUGAGAUAUUUGCACAAGUUUAUCUACACUUACUUUGCGCCCAUUAGAAUGAAUUUCCUUCUUGGGAAAUCGGCAUUUAGUGUACGCACGUUACAUGAACGAGUCAAGAAAUUCAAGUCGUUUGACGUUGUGUUUAUGAAGUUGGGCCAACCAAAAGCUAGUGUUCGAUUGCAAUUGGCGUCCAAUUUCAAGAUUUUUGAUGCAAGCAAUGGAGAUGGUGAAGAACUUAAAUUUAAUGAUUUUAUGACAAAACUGUCAUUAAAGUAUGCCGACACACCACCUGAUGCUGUGAACCUCAUCCAGUCUUCAAUCUUUAGAGAUGGGACCCCGGUUAUUGUUGUUAAUCUCCGGAGAAUGAAGUAUCGCCCUGAUGAUAUCAAUUACUUGGUUUUUAAACUACUUGAGACGGCUUCACAACUUUGGGAAAACAAGUUUUAUCUCAUUUAUGACUUUUCCGAGUUUUAUUUCUUCAAAAUUGACGCACCAGCUGAAUAUACCCGAUUGGUUUCAUCGUUUACACCAAAGCAAUUCUUUUCUAGUUGCUCGCGUGUUUACUAUUUCAAUGUUCCGCGAACUGAGUAUUCUAGUUUGAUCAGAUCGAUGCAAAGUAUAAGGAAAAAGGGGUCAGAAUAUGGAACUAAAAUCUUUAUUCAUUCGUCGAUCGACCCGGAUAAUAUCGUUAGCAAUCUUUGUUUGGAUCCAGAGACGGUCUCAAUUAGUCGCGACGCUAAAGUGACUUACAAAAUUGUGCAAUUGUACGAGCCAACAAAUCAAAGAUUCGAACCAGUUAGCCUUCGAAUAGGUAGGAAAUUUCUCACCAUUUGUUUCAAAGAAAGCGUUCAAUUCAAGAGCCCUUAUUCAGCCGUGAACGCAUUCACACCGUUGGAGGUGCAUCGAUUGACUGAUUUGGUUAGAUGUGAGGUGUCUGACUUUACGGGAGUUGAAGAUGAAUUUACAAUAUAUUUUAGGCAUAACGAGCCGGUAACCUUCAAGUCACCCGAUAGACUUGAAAUUUUGCGAUUUUUAUAUUUCACAACAUCAAGAUUACCAAGAGAUACGUCAUUGUUGGAUGCUGAAAAGGAAUCACACGCUGAAGUGCACGUGAUGCAUUGGUUUGGAAGAUUGUACAAUAUAGUGUUUCAGGGAUUGCUUAGCACUGAUGAAGAAGUUCAAUCAUCGGCUGCCGGUUUAUUUGGGUCCUUGUCGUCAUAUUUUGGAAUCGAUUUUGGAAUCACGGAAUCCCAUGCCAAGGCAUUGCUAUUCCCCACCGAUGCAACUGAUUUAGUUGUAUCGGUAUCAAGGCAUUUAUCUCAUGCUUUCCCUGAAAUGACUUAUAGAUUUUUCAAGGCCUAUCUUGACAAUUUUGAAAAAAUGGAUUCGGAAGCUCGAUUAACGUCAAUCUUGUACAUUUCGCCAUGGAUCAACAACAUCUACGACUAUGUUUAUUCGCAAAGUGGAUUUAGAGGACCUGAUCGCGUGGCUGAUUUAGUACGACAAUUUUGUCGUAUUACAAUGAUCAAUAAAGAUCGUGUUCCGUUCACCAAUGACUAUAUCUGGAAGAUUCUUUUCCGUGAGACACGCUUGGUUUCAUCUUUGGUUGAUGAAGUUGUGGCAUUUGCAAUUGAUAGCAAAAAUGAAGGUCCCGAAUGGUCAUUCAUUAUCGCGGUUAUUACUCCCUCGGUUGAAGUGUGUGGUGAAGUUAUAUCAAGAUUGUUGACGGCUAUAAGGUACACCCUCACCACUGACUCUGCUAUUGCUUCACAAUCAAAGCUUUUUGAAAUAACAGUAUUGGUGAAGAUUUGUUCAGCUUUGUUUUUCAGCUCCUACACGCUUGCACGAUUGUACUUGGCAGAUGUCAUUUUUCUUGUCACUUUGUUUCUAGAUAAUGGGUACUUGGAGGUUGGGUCUGAUUUGAGAAACUUGAUAAUCAGCACCGUGCAAUCAUUUUUGCACAAGCCGAACUUGACAAGUUACCAACAAGAUGUCAUCAAUAACACCAUUGAGUAUUUCACAACCCCUAGAGCGAAAAUGCUAUUUGGUAUGACGCGAGAGUCGAAAUCUCUUGCAGAUAUAGGCCAAGCAUUCAAUAGAAUUAUGAAUUUUGAAGUCUUGUGUGAUUAUUUGAAUGAGUUUAUCGAGGUUGUUAGCACUUCAGAUGACAAAACAAAUUGGAAAGCUAGAUGGUCUUCAAAUGCAAUUAAUGUGGCAUUCAAUAAUUUUUCACUAUUUCAAGACAAAGCAAUACUAGUUGUCGGUAUACUUGCCAAGCGAGGUAUUACCGACUCGGUUGCAUGUCGGUCAAUCAAACUAGUAGCCCAUGGGGAAUUGAGAAGAAUUGAUACCGUCAUUUGCAUUUCUGUAGCCACUGCUCGCAUUGUUGAAGGUUUACCAGUCGAUUCAAUGUUGCCACCAAUUUUGAUUUGGUCACAGUUGUGUUUUGCUUUGUUGAAUCAAUCCCUUCUUUACCAGUCGGCGCUUGAAAAUGUUGUUGCAUCCAUUGUGAAGAUAAUGAGUCUUGACGAUCAUAUCGAGAAGGCAUAUGAGCAAAGACGAUACUUGGAGCCAUUCUUGUCGGAAUUUGAAGAAAGGCAUGAAAUUUGCAUUACCAAGGAAAACAUUCGAACCUACUUUUUCUUUAUUCUUACCCAAGGUCUUAAAGUGUCACAGUAUAGGAGUUUAUCCUUGACUUGUAUCAAAUCGUAUUUCAAGAAACGUUAUGAACGCAGGGAUGUGAUUCCAAUAAAUGGAACCAAUAUUGCCAAUAAUGCUUAUUCAUUUCUUGUGAUGGUGUAUUUGUUUUCUGAUACAAAUGAUUUGGAGGCGUAUUUGAAUGAGUUGGGAAUUGUUUAUGAAUCAUUUGAGUUGAACAAUGGGCAACGAAUUCCCAGUUUUUUGAUUGAGUUUUUAGGAUCAAAUGAUGAAGUAUCUAAAUUUGCCAUGGUGCAAUUGGGAAGAUUCUUUGCUGAUGAGAAAAUCACUGAUAUUGGAUUCAGAGUGAAAUUUAUUUCCAUCUAUCAUGAAUUAUUGAAUACUAAACCUGAAGCAGCAUUACUUAUUUUCCACAUGAUUGAGCGGGCUUUGACGCUGGAUUUAGCAACCACAAAUUCAAUGGAGACAGUGGAGAGCAUAUCUAAAAUCAUAUUCAAGGUUUCUGAAAUAAAAGGAUAUGAGCCAGAAAGAUAUAUCAACUCCAUUGACGAGAUGCUUAAAGCAAGAAAGAUUACUUAUUUGAAGAAAAUGGAUGACUUGCAACCAGUGGAAACUAUACUUGACGAAGAUGGAGAAUUUAAUGCUGAUUUCGACAAUGAUAUCAAAGCUGUUCAGUUUAUGUUUUACAGAUCUGCAUGUUCCUACAUCGAGGGAUUAAAGUUGGAGGAUUGA